AGGAAACAGACUUUAAAACUACAACCAACAUGGCGGCUUCCAGCACCGUGUCAUGCAAGCAGUAGAAACGCCGUCUUGUAGUCACAUAUUCACGCUUUUCUGUCGGAUAUUUUGAGUUUUUCCAAACAGAUAAUGUCUCUGUUUUAACCCGCGAACACACAUCUUGGAGAGAAGUCCGCCAUGUUGGUAUCAGCAGCCUGCAGGAGGAAGGUCAGGUCCCUGGUCUCUCUGAGAGACAGAAGACUGUCCACCAGCCAGCCUGGCCCACCGGACAAAACCCACAACCCUUCGCCAGAGACCCCCGGUCCUCUCCCGGACAGCGAGCCGGCGGGGCAGCCGAGAUGGAGACCCAAAAAGGACCCCAGCGACUGCUCCGUGCUCCUCUUCCCCGGCCAGGGCAGCCAGUUCGUGGGCAUGGGCAGAGGACUUUUAAAAUACCCCAAUGUUAAGGAGAUGUUCACGGUCGCCCAGAAAAUCCUCGGGUACGACCUGCUGUCUCUGUGCACGGAGGGGCCCGAGGAGGAGCUGAUGAAGACGGUUCACUGUCAGCCGGCGGUGUUUGUCACCUCGCUGGCUGCUGUGGAAAGACUCCACCAUGUCAACCCGAAGGCCAUUGAGACCUGUGUCGCUGCUGCAGGAUUCAGCGUUGGAGAAUUUGCCGCCCUGGUUUUUUCUGGUGCCAUGGACUAUGCAGAAGCUCUGUAUGCGGUGAAGGUGCGUGCCGAGGCCAUGCAGAAAGCUUCAGAGCUGGUUCCUAGUGGGAUGCUGUCAGUCAUUGGUAGACCACAGGCGCAGUAUAAACACGCCUGUCUGCAGGCUAAAGAGCACUGCAAGAGCCUGGGCAUGGAGGACGCCGUGUGCUCUGUGGCUAACUAUCUGUUCCCUGAUGGCAGGGUCAUCGCAGGCCACCAAAAGGCUCUAGAUUUCCUCCAACAAAACUCGAGACGUCUCGAUUUCAUGAGGACCAAACCUCUCCCGGUGAGCGGGGCGUUUCACACCGAGCUGAUGCAGUCGGCUACUGAACCCCUCAGAGACGUGCUCCGACAGGUGGAGAUCCGUCGCCCUGAAAUCAAGGUGUACUCAAACGUGGACGGCAAACGCUACAUGAACGAGAGCCACGUCCGCAGGCAGCUGGUGAAGCAGCUGGUGUCGCCGGUGAAGUGGGAGCAAACUCUGCACGAGAUCUUCGAGAGGACGCAGGGGAGGAAGUUCCCUCACACCUACGAGCUCGGCCCGGGGAAACAGCUCGGGGCGACGCUUCAGAAGUGCAACAGGAAGGCCUUCACCAAUUACACACAUGUGGAAGUCACCACUCAUGAAGACUGAGAAGUUGACCGACGCACGGUUGGGGGGAAAAAAUAAAAAUUGAACCUCUGUGCUCAUUUUAAAGAACACAAGAUUUGCAAAUCCUACAAGCUCCUGUGGCAGCUUCUUUUGAUCUUGUAUGUGUAAAUAAAAUAUUAUUUUUAAUCAUG